AUGAAGGUAGACAAGUCCGGGUGCAAUCUCUGCCUGGAGGAUGAGUAUAUUCCACUUGCGAAAUACAAGAGAGUUUUAGUUCCAGAAUGGGUUCCCAUUGGCAACGGUAUCGCGCUUGCCGACUUCAAAUCUAAAGAUAUUUCCCUAGAAGCUUCCAGAGGCCGGUUGGACCUUUCACCGAACUUGGGCCGGCCUAGUCGCAGGCCAUACUACUUUGGACUCGUCACAACUGAUGAUGAUGAUGAUGCUACUCACACCCUUAUAUCAGCAGCUCCAGAGACGAAUGAAACUCCAGUGAAAUACUCCAUUAUAAGGUACUUUUGGAUGAUCAUCUUCUUGCUACUCUGUUUUCAUCAUUACUGUUGCACUUCCAACGAUUCCAUCACCCAAAAUCAGCUUUUCAAAGACGGAGAUUUAUUGGUAUCUAGUGGAAACUCCUUUGCCUUUGGUUUUUUCAGCCCUGGAAGUUCCCAAAAUCGUUAUGUUGGGAUUUGGUACCACAAAAUCUCAGAACAAACUGUGGUAUGGGUAGCCAACCGGGACAACCCGAUCAAGGGCACCACUGGGAUUCUCUCCAUUGAAAAUCCUGGAAAUCUUGUUCUACGCGAUCACAGUAGCAACCAGCUCAUAUGGUCUACAAAUGGUUCGAUUUCAGGUUCUUUCCUUCAGCUGAUGGAAACAGGUAAUUUGGUUUUGUUUGGAGGGGAACAGAACCGGGGCAUCAUUUCUUGGCAGAGCUUUGAUUAUCCUACUAAUACUAUGCUUCCUGGCAUGAAAAAUGGGGUGAACCGGACCUCCGGUUUUCGAUGGAGACUAACAUCGUGGAAGUCAAGUGAUGAUCCGGGCACUGGUGAUUUUCGAGACAUGAUGGAUCUUAAUGGUUCCCCACAAAUAUUUCUGUACAGGAAUUCUGAAAGGAUGUGGCGAUCAGGGCCACCAUGGAACGGGAUUCAGCUGACCGGGACGCCUGAUAUGACAACAGCAUUCACUUUCAGGAUUAAAUUUGUUGACAAUGAUGAUGAAGUUACGGUGUCAACCAUUACUCUUGAUCCAACAGUUUUUUCGAGAAUAACCAUUAGCGAUUCAGGGACCGUGGAGAGGCUAACAUGGGAAGAAGAUCAGAAGAGAUGGGUAAGAUUUUGGUCUGCUCCUAUGGAUGGCUGUGACUAUUAUAGCCAUUGUGGUUCAUUUGGUAUUUGUGAUCCCUUUAAGUUUACGGAAUUCGAGUGUGAAUGCCUUCCUGGUUAUGAGCCUAAGGUUGAAAGCGAAUGGCGAUUGAGGAACGGAAUCAACGGGUGCAUUAGAAAGCCUGGCGAACAAUUGUGUGGAAAUAGUACUAGUAAUGAUUUUGGGUUCCUGAAAUUGGCUUCUGUCAAGGUUCCAGAUACUAGGAAUGCAGUUGUAAAUUGGGUUCUGGGAUUGAAAGAAUGCGAAAGUUGGUGCUUAAGAAAUUGUUCCUGCACAGCUUAUGCGAGUGCUAAUAUUAGCAAUGGUGGAAGUGGAUGCAUAACUUGGUAUGGUGAUUUGAUUGAUGUGAGGAAGUUUUCUAAUGGCGGCCAAGAUGUUUAUAUCAAAGUUACAGCUUCCGAAUUAGCUCAAUAUCUGCAGCAUUCUAAGAGGUCAGAUCACAUAAAGUUGAUAAUCAUCCUAGUAUCAUCCAUAGGAGGGGUUUUAUUAUUAAUUUGCGCUAUUUGGUUGAUGUUGUGGAAACACAAAGCUGUAGAUGGAAAAACGAUGGUAGGAUCAACCGGUAGGCAAGAACUAGACUUGCCAACAUUUGAGAUGACCAAUAUCGUAGAAGCGACCAAGAGUUUUUCGGACACAAACAAGAUUGGCGAAGGUGGAUUUGGUCCUGUUUAUAAGGGUGAACUUUCGACAGGAAAAAAGAUUGCAAUUAAGAGACUAUCAAUAGAUUCCAAGCAAGGAUUGGUGGAGUUCAAAAAUGAAGUGAUCUUGAUUUCAAAGCUUCAACACAGAAAUCUAGUCAGGCUUUUAGGAUGCUGCAUUGAUGGCGAAGAGCGAAUGCUGGUUUAUGAGUACAUGCCGAACAAAAGCUUGGACAAAUACAUUUAUGACAGCAAAACAAGGAAAGCGCUUAAUUGGACGAUGCGCUUCAACAUUAUUGCUGGGAUUGCUCGAGGACUUCUUUACCUUCAUAGAGAUUCAAGACUGAGAAUAAUUCACAGGGACCUAAAGGCAAGCAAUAUUCUUCUUGACAGUGAGAUGAAUCCAAAGAUUUCAGAUUUUGGGACUGCGAGAGCCUUUGAAGAGGAGCAGCUUUCAGAUAAAACAACAAGGGUUGUCGGAACUCACGGUUAUAUGGCACCAGAAUACAUAACUAAAGGGCUGUAUUCAAUGAAAUCAGAUGUUUACAGUUUUGGCGUGUUGCUGUUAGAGAUAGUAUCGGGCAGGAGAAAUAGAGAUUGCCAUUCAGAUAAUGAUCUUAACCUCAUUGGACAUGUGAAUGUGAGAAAUUUGUUUGCCAGGCUUGGAAACUCUGGACAGAAGGGGCUAUUUAUGGACUGA